CGACCAUCCAGUCUUGUUGAGAAACACACUCGAAAUGAACACAAUCUAGACAUUCCCCUUCCUCCAAAUUUUAAGUGUCCCAAAAUGUUGGCUCUGGCCAGGAACUCGUGGUGUGGCCAAAUGCUGAGUCGCCUGGCGAACAUCGACGCCCGCGCCCAAAGACCGUACUCGAAGUCGUCCUCCGGCGGGAAGCAGUCCGUCCAGCAGGGGAAGUACCGGAUUGUGAUGGUGCGGCACGGGGAGUCCGAGUGGAACCAGAAGAACCUGUUCUGCGGCUGGUUCGAUGCCAAGCUGACGGAGAAGGGGCAGCAGGAGGCCUGCACCGCCGGCCGCGCCCUCAAGGAGGCCAAGAUGGAGUUCGACGUGGCCCACACCUCGGUGCUGUCCAGAGCCCAAGACACACUCUCGGACGUCCUGAAGUCCGCCGAGCACCAGAAGAUCCCGGUGUGCACCUCCUGGCGCCUCAACGAGCGCCACUACGGCGGACUGACGGGACUGAACAAGGCCGAGACCGCCAAGAAGUUCGGCGAGGAGAAGGUCCAGAUCUGGCGGCGCAGCUACGACACCCCGCCGCCGCCCAUGGAGAAGGACCACGAGUACUACGCCUGCAUCGUGGAGGACCCGCGCUACCAGGGCCAGCUGAGUGCGGAGGAGUUCCCCAAGUCCGAGUCCCUCAAGCUGACCAUCGAGCGCACGUUGCCCUACUGGGAGGAGGUGAUAGUGCCGCAGAUCAAGGAGGGCCUCCGCCUCCUGGUGGCCGCCCACGGCAACAGCCUGCGGGGCGUGGUCAAGCACCUGGAGUGCAUCUCCGACGAGGACAUCAUGGCCCUCAACCUGCCCACCGGCAUUCCCUUCGUCUACGAACUGGACGAGCACCUCAAGCCCCUGGCCCCCCUGAAGUUCCUCGGCGAUCCGGAGACGGUGAAGAAGGCCAUGGAGACGGUGGCCAACCAGGGAAAAGCCAAGUGAUCCCUGAUUUCGGGUGUCCCAACUGCCCGAUGGAGAAGGUCAGGGCAAUCAGCUCAAUGCACUUGCUGGCCAAACAAAAACAGAGGAUCGAAAGUGGCUGCGAGGGAACUGUGGCAAGGCGAAUGUCAAGCAGCAAAUAAAUUUAUUUGAUUUUAA